GUUAUCAGUUGAGAUGGAAGAGAGAAGUCUGAUUCUUCACGAUCUGCCGGAUCAUUUCGAUCGCGUGAAAUCAAAGCUCGAGCUUUAUUUUAAAAACAAAAGAAGGUCAGGAGGUGAAGUCCUGCAGAUCAGAGAACAUCCCGAUGACAAACGAAAAGCUCGUCUCAUUUUUGUGACAGAAGAAGAUAUGAAGAAGGUGCUUGACAAACGAAUCCAUAAACUAGAUUUCAACGCAAGUGUUGAAGUGAACGUAAAACUACCUGACGACUGUACCAGCAACAAAAAGAUGAAACCAGCAGUGCUGCCAAAACCCAAACUGGAGAAAGUGGUGAAAGUUCUGCAGGCUUCACACACACAGGUCUGUCCGGUCACAAACCCUACAACCACAAGUCAUAAAGACAAUGAAGGGGAUCGCGAAAUAUCUGAUCUGCUAAUCACGGCUCCUCAUACUGUCGAUAAGGAAAUGCUUCAAAUGUAUUAUUUGCAGAACCUUCUCGGACAGAACAAACAGGAGUUGGAUAUAUCUAUAGAAGUGUAUAAAGAAGGAAAGUUGGACCCUCGUCGCUUCAUCUUGACGGGGUUUGAUGGAAGCACCGAAUGGAUGAAAAUCUCACUGUUCAUUGGCAACUGUAGCAAGACAACAGAACAUGACUGGGAGAUACUGGAUGAAGAAGGGAUUGUUGUGACUUUCAGACAAGAUAUUGAUGUCACAUCAUUUAUAAACAAAUGCACCUCAAAAGCAAUGCAGGGUCGGGAGAUUGGAGUCACGCGCUUGUAGCUGACAGACUCGGUCCUGGUUCAGGGAGAUCUGGGAAAGAUUAGUGAAGACGCUCUCAACCUUCACUUCAGCAACACCACGAAGAGCAGCGGAGGAGAUAUCAAGUCUCUGAUCUGGAUCAACAGACAGAGUCUUCUCAUUACCUUUCAACAGUCUGACGUUGCCCAUGAAGUGGUGGAACAGAAGCACAGUGUUUGUGGCACUGAGGUGAAGGCAUCACUCUUCUACUCGAGUUUACGAAAAGCGUUGACCGGCGAAAAGCCAACUUUGACUGACAUCCCUACAAGAAUAAACAUCUCUGUUCAUGAAGAUCUGCUCCGUUUCAUUGAAAACAAUGACCCGUGUAGAAACGCGCUGGAGAGUGUCGUCAAACCGCUUCAUGCCAAAAUUCUUAUCGACAGAAGUGUGGAAGCAAGUGCGAUAAGACUGGAGAUGGACGUUGACAAAACGUCUUUGACUGCACUGCAAAUCGGACCCACUUGGGAGACAAAGACAGUGAGGAAAGUCCAAACCUUUUUGAGCAAGUACCACACAGCCGAGCUGAACGUGCAGAAGGAUGUCUGGCAGCGAGUUAAGAGCAUCUGUACGAGUCUCAGCACAGGUGAUGCUGUCGUCUUCUUCAGAGAGUUCAGCUCUAAAAUCAUGGUCGCUGGUGUGAAAGAGGAGGUGAUUGUCCUCUCAGAGAAGAUCAAGCGGCUGCUGGACAUCACUGCUGUUGAGAUGGAAAUACAAAGGAACACCAUCGAUGUGAUCAUUCAACUGGACUGCGGGGAGAAAUGUGAACUUUUAAAAGAACGUGUACAGUCCAAACUAGGCCAAGUUGCUCUGUCACAUGAUGAGAAUCAGCACAAAUUUCACCUCAGAGGUUUGAAGGAUCAAGUGACUUCUGUGGAGAUGCUCAUCGAGCAGGUGAAUGAGAACAUUAUCUUGCAUCACUUAAAGCUCUCAUCUCAUCUGAUUCACUUUCUUCAGUCUCUGGACCUUCACAAGCUUGAACGAGUCCAUUUCUCCUCCAAUCACAUUCCAGCUAAAUUCUCAAAGCAGAAAGAUUUGGUGAGAAUUUUUGUUGAGAAAGACAACCUGACGAGAGCCGAAGACAAAAUCCGUGAGAUCCUCAGAGAGGAUCUAAUACAACUUUCUCCCAAUCAAACUGAUGAAAACUGGACAAAAUUUCUCAUGAAACUUCAAGGCGAAGUGGAAUCGAGACAGAACCCUCACAACAUCAGGAUCGCACAGACAGACGUGCAGCUCACGUUAUGUGGAUUUUCUGAUGUAGUCGCAGAAGUAGCAAGCAAAGUGAGCGGCUACCUGGAACACAAGAAACCAAUAACUGAGGAAGUUCCUCUCAAGUCUGUGCGGGAGGUUGAAUUUGUGGACUCUUGUGUAAACCUGUCCGAGUGCCCUGAAAUCAAGCGUCUUGGUGCUACGAUACUGGCCUGCAGUACCACGGCUUGCCCUUGUCUGAAGGUCACCGCUGCCAAAGACAACGUUAAAGAGGCUGUGAGUGUCAUAAAGAAACAGUUGUUAGCCACUGUUGUGGAGAGACACGAGUACCGCAAAGCCGGAGAAGCCAAGGUUCUAGGCAAACAUGAAGCCAGUGUGAAGGCAAAAGCUAAAGAGUUCCAGUGCAACCUGUAUUUAUCCCAAGAACCAGUGAUUAAUCCUGACCCGUCACAGAGUUUUACACACAAAAUAAGCAGUUUCGUCACUCUGGCGAUCACGAGGGGUGACUGGUACCAUCAAAGUGCCAAUGCCUUGAUUUGCCCAAUGAACGGCAGUCUGGUUUUUGAUAACCCUGUGGCCAAGCGGAUUCUCCAGUUUGGAGGGGAUCAGAUCGCAGAAGUUUGUAAAAAGCACCAGAGGGAAAAACAGUCUCUCCUGCCUGGAGAUGUGCUUCUCUGUGAUGCUGGACAACUCAACGCCAAGAGCCUCAUUUUUGCCGUGUUGCCCCAUAAGGGUCAAGCCCUAGACUCACGCUACCUUCAAUCGGCCAUACACAACGCUCUUCUGAAAGCAGAGGAACAAUGCUGCACCUCCAUUCUCGUUCCAGCACUUGCUUGUGAAAUCUUUGGAUUCUCUGUCAGAGAAAGUUGGACUUCACUCAGAGAAGCAAUACUACAGUUCUGCGCUGACUCAAAAUUCCCCCAAAAUAUGAGAGAUGUUCACAUAGUGCAUUCUGAUAGGAAGACUGUUGAAGAGUACAACGCUGUGAUCGAGGAACUGGGCUUUCCUGACUCUUCAAACGUCCAAUCCCAGAGGCAGCAACAGGGAACAAGAGCGCUUAUCAACGGUGUGCCGAUAUACCUGAAAAAGAGUGACAUCACCAAAGAGACAGCAGACGUCAUAGUGAAUUCCAACAGCAUACAUUUAAAUCUCAACACUGGUGUUUCUGGUGCCAUCUUGAAAGCGGCUGGGAAAUCAGUUGUUGCUGAAUGCGCAAAACAAGCUCCUCUGAAAGCAGGUGGUGUAGUAAUGACCAGUGGUGGGGAUCUUAAAUGUAGGCACAUUUCCCAGAUGGUGGGUCCCGAGGGUUCGGCUGACAUCACAUCGUCUCUUGGAAAGGUUUUGAGCCUUUGUGAGGACAAGAUGGCCAGUACACUGGCAAUUCCUGCGAUUGGAACAGGAAAAGGUGCAAUUGGACCAAAAAAAUCUAUUGAAGCUAUUCUCACAGCACUUAAGAAACACUUAACUGAGCUGAACUCAAGCUGUCUCAAAGAAAUUACUAUAGUGACAUUUGAACAGAAGAUUCUGGAUACUUAUCCGAAAUAUUUCAGUGAAUGGAGCAAGGUAAAUACUCAAUGUCUUACUGUCUCGUUCAUAGGCGCCGAUUUCUUUUUUCGCCAGUGGGUGCUCACGUCGCCAAAACCAAACCCCACCCCCACAGGCCCCAACCAAGCCAUCUUUUACAAAUGCCAUCUGACUAUGGUCAUAUUUCAUGUAGCUCAAAGACAGCGUUUUAAAUCUUUUCCCUCUACAGUAAAAAUCAGAAGUGUCAGAAUUGAGUUAAAGAAGGACAUUACUAAUGAAACAGUCCGAGGGAUUGUCAACAGCACCAACAGGGAGAUGACCUUGAAGGGAGGAGUUUCAGGUGCCAUAUUUAAAGCCGCUGGAGCCUCUGUGCAACAAGAGUGUCAAAAACACGGUCCACUCCAAAACGACAUCCCUGCAGUGACCAGCGGAGGGAACCUGCAGUGUGAUGUCAUCAUUCACGUGACCGGACCGCACUCGGCAUCAGAGACGAGAUCACGCAUGAAGAGAGUCCUGGAGCGCUGUGAGGAGAAACAGAUCACCACAAUUUCUUUUCCUCCUGUCGGCACUGGCGGUGGCGGUGUUAAGAGUGUCGAUGCCAUUCAUGCCAUGCUGAAAGGAUUUGAAGAUCAUUUAGCUCAAAACAGCUCAACAGUAAUCAAGCUCAUCUAUUUAGUAAUAGACCGGGACGAUGUCCUGCAGGAGUUUCAGAAAGGUCUCAAAGCAUGGACUGCAAACACACAGAACAGUGAGGAGGAAGAUGAUGAAGAUCAGUCGGAGCGUGAGGAUUCAGACUACAGCGUGGAUGAAGACAGCACGUCAUCUGACUCUGAACCUGAUACAACAAACCCUGUUGAGGCUAUAAUCGGCCCAGUGAAAGUGAAGGUUACAUGUGGUGACAUUACCAAAGAGACUGUGGAUGCGAUUGUUAACAGCACGACGACCAGUCUUGACCUGAACACGGGGGUAUCAGGAGCGAUUCUUAAAGCUGCAGGACGAACGGUUGUGAAUGAGUGCAAAACAAAAGCACCUCAGCCCAAUGACGGUGUGGUGCUGACCAAAGCCGGAAACCUCACAGACAUUAGAAAUAUCAUUCAUAUGGUCGGCCAGACCAAUGUGAAAGGCAUCACGACUUCCAUGUUCAACGUUCUGAAGACGUGUGAAGAAAACCACAUUCAGUCCAUUUCAUUCCCGGCUCUUGGAACCGGAGCAGGAAACCUGGCAGCCACACAGGUAGCACAUGCCAUGACUGAGGCUCUGGCAGACUUUGUGAAAGAAUCGCCACAACAUCUGAAAUGUGUCCACAUUGUAAUCUUCCAAAGUAAAAUGUUGCCAGACUUUCAGGACGCUAUAAAGAAGCUGAAGAAGAUCAGUAGCUCCGCAUGUAAGACCAAAGUGCCACCACGGACCCCUGCGUCCAGCAAAGCCCCGCAGCGGCCGCCAUUCUGUCUGGCCAAGCAAACGGCCUCCGUGUCAUUCCCCGUUAUGGCUGUCGAGAUUUAUGGGAUGUCUUCCGCCAACGCUGCCAAGGUGAAAAUAUAUCUGGACGACCUCGUCUCCGAAGAGUGCAUCAGUAAAGAUGUGUAGUCGAGUCACCUCGCCAAACUUCCCGUAAGUGACCAGAAGACCAUAGUGAACCUCAGUCAAAGCAAUGAGGUCAGCGUUCUAGUGGCUGGCCCGGACAGGUGGACCGUAUCAGGGAAAAAAGACGACGUCUUCGAUGCCAUGCUCAAGAUCAACAACCUUAUCCAAGAAGCGCGAGACCGAGAGAUUCGAGAUGGUGAGGUGAAGAGGUUGAGGCAGACGUUGUGUUGGGAGGUGGUUCGAGGAGAAACCUGGCAGCCGUUGGACCCCAGCAUCAGCUACGAAGUAGAGCUGUCCUAUCACAAGAAAAACAAGACGUUUCAAUAUCAGGAGAACGGUCAGACAUACACCGUUGACUUCAAAGAGAUGAUGCUGAUGAACGACGGCAAAAAGGAGUCUUGUAGGAUCAAGAGGACUCUGCUCGGCGAUUGUGAUACGGCAAUAAUUCAUACUCCCCCAACAUGGACCAAGAUGAAUGGACAGGACUUAGAAAUAAUCACAUUAAAAUCAGAAUCGGCAGAGAUAGAAAAAGACUUUCUCAAGUCCAGUAUACAUUCGGAUGUGUCCCAGGUUCAGGUCAUACAGAUCGACAGAAUACAGAGUCAAUCUCAAUGGCACAGAUACUGCGUGUUGAAGCAGGCGGUGGAUAAGAAAUAUCCCAAACAAAUGAAUGAGCGUUUCCUCUAUCAUGGAACAACUAAAGACAAUUGUCAAAAAAUCAACAAGAACGGCAGAAGCUUCUGUGGGAGAAACGCUGUCGUACAUGGUGAUGGAACACACUUUGCUAAAGAAGAGUGGUACUCCUGUCAGGACCUCUAUUCAAACCUCGAUGACAAAGGUCUCAAGUACGUCUACAGAGCAAAAGUUGUGACUGGUUCGUUGUGUAAAAGCAGAAAGGGCAUGAAGGAGCCGAAUCCCACCAACGCUCAGGACCCUCAGGCCGGUCUGCACGACUGCGCAGUAGACUGCUUACAGACCCCCUUCAUCUUUGUGGUGUUCUGUGACGCAGGAGCUUAUCCUGAAUACCUCAUCAUCUUUAAAAACAUAUAAACUGACACAAAACCUGAUGGAAAUAUGCAGUGUACUGUAGACCAAACAUACUUUCACACCAGCAGGUUUAUACAAAGCAAAGAAAUCUUCAGAGCAGACAUUUUUAAGCAUUCUCAUUCAAUCUAAAACCUGCGGUCUUGUUGACACCACCUGCAAAAAAAAGGCACAUACUUUUUCAUUGUGAGGGGAUUACAUCAUAUCUUCAACUUUUCUAUUGACAAAUUUACAAAUGCAUUUUUAACUCUUGUUUUAAAGCCAAGUUUUUGAUGUUUUUAAUCAUUAAAACUUUGAUUUAGUGACUGAAAUAAAUGUUUACAUAUUAAAAGCAUAA